ACGACAGCUCAGUUUCCAACACAAUGCCUUUCUUUAUUUGAAUUGAUCGUCACGAAUCAGAAAUUCAGAAUUCGCUUUAGGAAACUUCAUAAGUGCACAAUGAGUUGAUCUUUUUGGUAGAGUAUUUGCUAGGGAUGAGCGAGACAGAGAUUAGCAUUCUACUACAGUGAUUAUGCAUAUAUGUGUGGGAGGUGUCGAGAGAGAUUUAUCAGCAGUCACCUCGGUCUCUGCGUGAAAUUCUAUGUUCCUCUUCUACUUAUCUUCUUCCCCUUCGCUUCUUGUACGUUGAACAGAGGAGCUGCUCUCGCCUCUGCUCCUCUUUGUCGCGUUGUUUCACCUCAAGACAUGGCUUCGCGUUCUCCUUUCUACCUUGGAAUUCCUUCGUCUUCUUCGUCACUGUAGACUGUAGUUCCUUUUUGCCAUACUUCUUUUAGCGGACUUUCUAGCCAUUGCAAAGCCAUGCCUUGUGACCUUGAAGUCGACGUCGAUGGCGAACAGACUUUCCUGCUUGAUAAGGAAGUAGUCUCAUCCUUCUGUGGCCGGCUAAGAAAUUUGAGGGACAGAGAAUCGAUCAUUUCAUCCACUACACCCUUCCAAGUUGCAAUCCAUGGCUUCCCUGGAGGAGCAGAAGCAUUUGAGCUGAUGACAAAGUUCUUAUACAACAAAGGCAGAACUGAAGUAACACCCCGCGACGCUUGCCUUCUGUACUAUGCUGCACACUCCAUGGACAUGAGUGAUGGUGUUUCUAACUUGCUUGACUUGACCGAGAAAUCUCUGGAGGGACUCCCUUACUGGUCAUGGCCUGAGAUCAUGCACGCUUUGAAACAAUGCCAAGACUUGCUUCCAGGUUCAGUUUCUUCGGGGAUGCUGGAUCGAGUGUUGGAGUCUGUUGUCGGUAGAAUCACAUCAGUAACUGACGCUAGCCCAUCUGGUUCGUCUCCUGAAAGCUCAGCACUAAGGUUGUCAGUUGAUACAAGAAGCACAAUCAGCACGAAGAACGGUUGCCAACGAAAUUGGUGGUUCGAGGAUUUCCUAAGCUUGAGCCCUGACAUGAUCGAAGAGGUCAUCAAAAACAUGGUUUUGCAGAAGUUAGAUCAUGUUCUGCUCAGUAGGUUCCUCAUGCACUAUCUAAAGAGUCACGUAUCCAGUGCCUCAUGUAACAAGAAAAAGGCUGCCGAAAUUAUCAUAGAUCUGCUCUACUCUCUUGAUGGAGGAAGCUCUGUGUCUUGUAAGGGCUUGUUCGAUGUUCUCAGGGUCUCAGCACCUUUGAAGCUUAACAAGGGCUGCCAAAUUAAACUGGAGAAUAUGAUUGGAAGAAAAUUUGACCAUGCCUUGUUAGAUAGUCUACUAAUUCCAGCACCUGCAGGGAUUGAUUGUCUCUAUGAUGUUUGUCUAAUCUUGAGAUUCUUGAAGUCUUUUCUUAGCACAAGCAAUGUUACAGAAUCGAAAGCUCGAUUGAAGCAGGCAGCACAGCUGAUGGACUCAUACUUGGCUGAGGUCGCUCCUGAUUCCUCUUUGAAGCCUUUAAUGUUUUUGUCACUUGCCACAGCUCUACCUGAUGAAACAAGAGAUUCUCAUGAUGCAAUUUACCGAGCAAUUGACAUGUAUCUUGAGGUCCAUACUCAACUACUGGAUGAAGAGAAGACAAAGCUGUUUUGUGCUAUAAACUAUGAGAAGCUCUCAAUUGAAUCCUGCAAACAUCUUGCAAUGAACUCAAAAUUCCCCUCAAGAACAGUAAUCAGGGCUCUGAUUUCUCAGCAAAGAAAGCUCAGGAACCUUCUCCAAGAGACCAACCGAUCGAAAGAAUCGCCGCCGGAGCAAAGUCGGGGCAAGAAAAAACAGUUCAGUGAUGAUCAGCAGAUCAUUCUUUACACGAAGAAGCUCGAGAUUUCAGGAGAGAACAAGAGGCUCAAGACACAGCUUCAAGGAAUGCGAUGGAAGGUGAUAGAGCUGGAGAAGAUUUGCAAGAAGAUGAAGGCGCAGGUGGAGAAGGCCACGAAGAGCAGAAGAGUUAGUCCAAGUGGAUCCAGAUCACUGCCCAGGCUUUGCUCCUGAUCUCACUCAGAUUCAUGGUGCCCACACAAUUUUGUACAUAUUUCAUUAGUGAGCAGAUUGUGUUAUGUAAGAAUCUGAGAUUUUUCUUGCUGUGAUUCCUUCCUGUAAAGCUGGUUGAGAGCAUUGCAUUUAACAUAUAGAAAUGAGAGGUUGCUGGAUUGAUCCCUUUUGAGCAAUGAGAGGUCAAUUCGUGCAGCUAUCAUAUGUUCUUCUGCUCUUUCUUUAAUCAUUGUCAUCCAUAGUACUCGCACCUUCUUGUGAGGA